GACGGCGCUUGGCCUCACCUGCUGACGGACGCACGAGUGACACCCCGCCCGCCAUGGCUGCCAAGGGACUCUGGACGGCUGUCUUCGCGCUGCAUCUGUUCACCGCUGUCAGAGGGCAGAGGUGUGGCGGCGAGGUGGACACUUCCCUCCACCCGACCGGCACUAUAACCUCACCGAGCUAUCCGGAACACUAUCCUGAGGACACGCACUGUACUUGGGUGAUCAAGGCCCCCCACGGUGAGAAGAUCGCGCUGACCUUCGUGGACUUCGACGUGACAGGCUCCGAGGGCUGCUCCGGCGACUACGUGAGCUUGACCUCUGACCUGACCUCGGAGGGCCAGCGCUAUUGCGGCUCCCAGAGCCCCGGCGACGUGACCUCGGACGGGGACAUCCUCGUGCUCCGCUUCGCCUCCAACGCCCAGGGCUCCUGCAGGGGCUUCAACGCCUCCUACCACGUCAAGGAAGAGUCGCUGUCGUGCGGCGUGGAGACCUCCGCCCUCGAGUUCACGUUCAUUUCGCCCGACUACCCGCAGCCCGUCGGGAACGACUCGCUCGAGUGCUCCGUGACGGUCGACCACGGAUGCGAGUCGCCCAUCUGCCAGCUGAGGUUGGACUUCGAAGAUUUCCAGCUGCAGCCACCGUACUGGGGAGACUGCAAAUACGACCAGUUCUACGCCGAGAGCUCCACUCCCCUGCCCACGCUUUGCGGUGUCAAUAAUGGCUCCCACAUGUACGUGAACGUGGAAGGCCGCAGCAAGACCGACCUGACCUUCCUGCUGGGUCGCCUCGAGUACUACCUCUACCACUGCUACGACAUCUACGGUUCCAUUCCCGAAGGAGCGGACACCUCGGAGCACGCCCACUCCCCAGACCACGCCCGUCGUACGCGAGCCCGCAGAGACGUGGGCGAGGAAGGAGAAGAAGAGCAACAAAGAGAAGGGAUGGAAGUCGGAAUGGGAAUGAUGGAACAAGAGGGAAUCCCGGUGGCUCUUCGCAAGCCUUCCUUUGCGAGACAAGGCGGGGGCGGAGACCAGUCGUCGUCCUCCCCUCCUGUGACGUCAGAAGUCGUUGUGACUACCGAGGGUGACGUCACUGUGGCGCUUUAUAACUACAAAGAGGCGGACAUCGUUACUUUCCCGACGCGACGAGCCUGGAAGGUGCGCGUGACUCAGAUCCCCUGCGACUGCCCCAAGUCGCGGGUCCCCAAAGCGCCUGAGGGCUGCCUGCAGUACUACCAAGGCCUCACGGGUGACUUCAAGAGCUUCAACUUCGAGGGCGUCGGCUGCUACUCCGAAGACCGCUGGUGUGACUUCAGCACCAUCAAGCACCCGUCGGACUGCGAUAUCCGCGUCGGGUAUACAGGACACUUCAACGACCUGGACUACAGCAUCUGCGUGGAGCCGGAAUCGGGCUUCUGCGGAAUCCAGUACCAGCAGAUGGGCAGAGACGGCUUCUCGCUCACCAACGCCACCGCCUUCCAGGACGACUCUCAUAUCCCUUCGGCUGAGUUCGCGGACUCCGUGCUGCAUGGCGACUACCUGUGCGGCUUCCACCUCUCAUAUUCCCAAAUACCCUGUAAGCUUUCAGGCUAAAGCGAGACCACGCAAGCACGGAUUCGAACAUGCCCUGUCUGACAUUAAAUAUUUCCAAGUCCUUUUUAUAUUAUCAAGUUCAUUGUUCUUUUCAUUAUAUAUUUUUUCAUUAUUGUUUAUGGCUAUCAGUGUUAAUAUAUUAUUUUUUUAUGAAUUAGGAUUUUUAUAUAGCAAAAUAAUUUCGAAAGGUAUUUAUCAUUAUUGUGUUUCUUAUGAUUCAAAUGAUAUAUUCGUAUCUCAUAUUUUCGCCAAUAUGUCGCCAUGUCCUCAGAAAUCAGGUCCUGUUUCCUUGCGUGGUAUUUUUGCUGCGAUGCCUUGGGUAGUAUCAAGAUAUAUCAUGUAGCUUUGCCUCCAUUGUACAGUCAUUCAAUGUUAUAUGUUUUCUUAUUUUCGUAUUUGCCGUGGUUUGUAAGAUGCGGAAUAAAGGAAUAACACUUUU